CGCUUUGCUACCCGCACUUCCGGUUUACAAAAUUUCAAGAAAAAUUGGAAGAUUAUUUGCCGUUAUAAUGCUUCGAAAGUUACUGUUGCAAAGUUUAAGACAGUCAAAAGGGCCUCUCUGUCUUUCCAGAUGUUUUCACAUUGAUAAAACUGCUCCCGUAGGUACUAAGCCUGAUCAUUCUUCAGAUGAGUAUCAGGAGAACUACAGGCGCAUGAGAGCACUAGUUGAUGAACUUAAAAACAAAGUUGGACAUAUCGUUAAAGGAGGUGGUGACAAAGCAAGGGAAAGGCAUAUAGGACGAGGGAAAUUGAUGCCCAGAGAUCGAAUAGACAAACUUUUAGACCCAGGAUCUCCAUUCCUAGAAUUAUCUCAGCUAGCUGGAUACAAGCUGUAUGGAAAUGAGGAAGUUCCAGCAGGUGGUAUUAUUACAGGCAUAGGACGUGUGUCAGGUGUGGAAUGUAUCAUAGUGUGCAAUGACCCUACUGUGAAAGGAGGGACUUAUUACCCAAUAACUGUCAAGAAACAUCUCAGGGCUCAGGAAAUAGCAAAACAAAACAACCUACCAUGUAUAUACUUAGUUGAUUCAGGGGGUGCUAAUCUUCCAAGACAAGCAGAUGUAUUUCCAGAUAGAGAGCAUUUUGGUCGCAUUUUCUAUAACCAAGCAACCAUGUCAUCUAUGGGUAUACCUCAGAUUGCAGUAGUAAUGGGAAGCUGCACCGCAGGCGGGGCAUAUGUUCCAGCAAUGGCAGAUGAAAGUAUAAUCGUGAAAAAACAAGGGACUAUAUUCUUAGGUGGACCACCACUAGUCAAGGCAGCAACAGGGGAAGAUGUGUCAGCGGAAGAUUUAGGCGGGGCAGACCUUCAUUGCAGGGAGUCAGGAGUGACGGAUUACUAUGCCAUAGAUGAUGAACAUGCGCUACAUCAAGCUAGGAAAAUAGUGAAAAACCUCAACUAUUCAAAAGAUCCACAUGUGACCAUAGAGAGCCCCGAGGAGCCAGUGUUUCCUAUAGAUGAAAUGUAUGGCAUAGUUGGAGAUAAUUUAAAGAAACCAUUUGACAUCCGUGAAGUUAUUGCAAGAACUGUAGAUGGAAGCAAAUUUGAUGAGUUCAAGGCAAUGUAUGGAGAAACCCUUGUUACAGGAUUUGCUAGAAUCUGGGGAUACCCUGUAGGCAUUCUUGCUAACAAUGGAGUCCUGUUCGCUGAAUCUGCACUAAAGGGUACUCACUUUAUUGAACUUUGCUGUAAGAGGAAUAUCCCCCUUCUCUUCCUGCAGAAUAUUACAGGGUUUAUGGUUGGAAGAGCAGCAGAGGCUGGAGGUAUAGCCAAGCAUGGAGCCAAGUUGGUCACUGCAGUAGCGUGUGCUAAGGUGCCAAAGAUCACAAUGAUUGUGGGGGGAUCUUAUGGUGCCGGCAACUAUGGCAUGUGUGGAAGAGCAUAUAGCCCCAGGUUCCUGUACAUGUGGCCUAACUCUAGGAUAUCUGUGAUGGGAGGAGAGCAGGCAGCUACAGUUCUAGCAACAGUCAAGAAAGCACAAGUUAUGAAAGAGGGAAAACAGUGGACUGAGGAAGAUGACAGAGCCAUGAAGGACCCAAUAAUUGCCAAAUAUGAGAAGGAGGGAAGUCCUUAUUUCUCCAGCUCAAGGAUAUGGGAUGAUGGUGUAAUAGACCCAGUGGAUACUAGGAAUGUGCUAGGACUGAGUCUGAGUGCUUGCUUAAAUGCACCUCCAGAAGAUACAAAGUUUGGUGUCUUCAGAAUGUGAUCAAAUAGAAGAUUAGAAAUAUUUUAAAUGGACAAUAUUUAAUUGUACCUAUAGCUACUAGCCAGUUUGUUGAAAAAAUGCAUUUAAACAUAGAUCGAGAGAGCUAUUUCCAAUAACAUUACAUGACAAACUGUAAAAAGUAUUAGACACAGUAAAAUCUGUCUAAAGUAAACACUGCUGGCCAUGGAUAAAAGUGUUCAAAUUGAGAGGUUCUAAUAGCAAAAGUAUGUUCACAUUCUAAGAUGUUCAUCACUUUACAAAAAAGUUCAAAAGCACUUCACUGAAUUUGAAAAUGCUAGAGAAAAUAAAGGGCUCCAUGCUGUAAUUAUAAACUUAUUCAUAAUGAGAUGUACUUUGCACAAUUAAGACUUGAAAAUAGACCUCUAAAUUUUCUGUUUGAAGUUUAAAAAGAAUUGUUCAUAUUGAAAUUGAGCUAAUUGUAUUUAAACUUGCAAAUAGGCUAGAAUUUAGAACUUGGAACUUCUUACUAGGCGAGGUUUCAUUUUCAAACAUUGAUAUGGUGUAAAUUCCAUAUUAUCAUGAAUCAAAAUAUUUUGGGGCUAUUCAGGAUUAGGAUCACAGCUAUUAUUAGCCGUUUAAUGUUAGAUAUGUCCUCACCAAGAUAUGC